UAAUCCCUUAAUAAAGACAUGUAUGAUGCCAGAUCCAGAUCUGUAGAAAGAAAUACAACAAAUAUAAAAAGUAUUUUUCUUUUUUUUCCAAAAACACUUUUCAUUCCAAUGACUUUUCUGCGUCACAUUAUUCUGCUCACCAUGUUUGGAUCUUUAUGCGUCUCCAUUCCAUUCUAUAAAAGCAUUUAAAGGCAUUUAACUCAAACAUGGCGGAAGUAGUAAAAUGAUUUCGUUUUUUUGUCGAUCAAAAAAUUCCUAAAAAACCCCAAAAAUAAACUACCAUCUAUUUGGGGCUUGACAGUUAUGCACCAGAAAAUAAUUCCGAAUUUUAAGACCUUUGAAUGAGCUAGAAUAAAGAUUUUGAUCUGAAACAAAAUGAGUGCAAAAACAGCACUUUUUUUUUUUUGGCAUGGAGGGAAAUUACUGUUUUAUGUGAGAAUAAUCAAAUUUAGGCGGAUAUUUGCUUUAAAAUAAACACAAUUAAUAUUUGACAAUGACAUUUUUAUAUUCAUUUGGCUUUUUUGUUAUAUUUUUAUGUUUUAAGUUUCUUAAAUAUGCUAAAAGGAGAGACAGAAAUACAGUUUUUAAGCUUUUUUAAAGACUUUACAACAGAAACGUAAAAGAAUGGCGUCUGCUUCCCUGUGAGGUCAAAGGUCAGAGUGCUUUACAUUAGGGAUUGUAUAGAUUUUUAUCUUAAGGAUUCUUGUUCUGUGGGUCUCCUCGUGUUGUGUACGUGACAGCUGCUCCAUUGUCACAAGCAGAUGUGAGAAUGCCGCGUUACACAAGCACAGAGUGCUAAUCUGGUCCAAACCAGACGAAUGGGCCCUGCAUCCUCACGAGCGAGGAGCGACACAUUCAGACCCCUCCCAUCUGAGUCUCAAUAAAAGUCUGGCAGUCCCGGCGCCUCAGUGGGGUUUGCUUUACAUCCACCUGCAGGGACUUCGCCCACCGCCUCAUCAGGCUCUCCUCCACUCCCGUUCGUCUCCUCUCCAGCAUAUAUGGCUCCUUUUGAGAAAUCAAUGGAAAUGAUGCCCUUCAAGCAGAGGAAAUGCCUCGCAACAAGAAAAAAUGAAGUGUGCAGCAUCCGGUCUAAAUUCCCAAAUAAAUUACCUGUGAUUGUUGAGCGGUACAUCCGGGAGAAGACUCUACCCCUGCUGGACAAAACAAAGUUUCUGGUUCCUUUCGAGCUCACGCUGGGUCAGUUCCUCUGCUUGCUCAGGAAUAAAAUCGAGCUGGAAUCCUCUCAGGCUCUGUUUCUCCUGGUGGCAGACAGAACCAUGUCCUGCAUGUCAUCCAGCAUGGGGGACGUGUACUCUCGAUUCAGAGAUGCCGACGGUUUUCUCUACAUCACAUAUGCAUCGCAGGAGAUGUUUGGAGCUCCUCGGCCAGCAGCCAGGCCGCCCUGCUGACUCAGAGUGAGAACAUGAACUGAAUCCCGGCCACACGUGGCUGCACUCAACAUGGAGAAAAAAAGAACAAACUGAGCCAAGAGAGACAGUUUUUUUUCUAGCUGUUGCUUCCAUUUGUUCUUUCUCCAGUUGCAGCCGACUCUGAACCCAAAGCGAGUUGGAGGAUUUUACUUUUAAUUGAUUUGUUAUUGGAUUUAAAUUGUUAUUGACAUUUUUCUUUGAUCAACACAAAUUUUUGAACACUUAACAAACAUUAGUUAAACUUUAACUUAUUUAUUUAUUUGGUUUUUAGGCCUAAAUCCUCAAGAUAUCAAUUUUUUUUAACUAUUUCAGCACUACCCCAUUAUGUUGCUGCUGUUCCACCGUCAGACUUCCCUCACGACAUGAACAAUGUGAACUUUUUUUGCACACGCUCUUGGUUACAGAAAUCAUUUCCAGGCUGCUUUUAUGUUUUCUGUUUUAAAGAUGCCAACAAAUAAAGU